GGGACCGGCGGGCCCAGGCGGUGACAGGAGCGGCGGCGGCGGGGCCGGGACAGGGCGGCGGGGACAGGGCAGCGCCGCCGGGGGCCACACCGAGCUCCCCUUCUCCCAGCGCGGCCCGGCCGGGCUCGCCGCUCCCUUCGGGCCUGGCGGGGUCACCUUCAUGGGCUGGCGGUAGCGCUGGGCCCGGAGCACGGCGGUGCCCGGGGCCUGGUUGAGGAGGCGUCGGCGGGGAGAGAGCGGGGCCCGGGGCCGGCGGUGGGGCCCGGGGCCAUGUUCGUGCAGGAGGAGAAGAUCUUCGCGGGGAAGGUGCUGAGGCUCCAUGUGUGCACCAUGGAGGGCGCGGAGUGGCUGGAGGAGGUACCCGAGGACACCACGGUGGAGAAGCUGAAGGAGCGGUGCCUGAAGCACUGUGUACCUGGGAGCUUGGAGGAUCCAAAAACUGUGACACAUCAUAAAUUGAUCCACGCUACUUCUGAGAAGGUGCUGACAGACACAAAAACAGUGUUGGAGGAAAACAUUCAAGAUAGAGAUGUCUUGCUUUUAAUAAAGAAGCGUGCGCCGCCUCCGCUCCCCAAAAUGGCAGAUGUGUCAGCAGAGGAGAAAAGGAAACAAGAGCAGAAAGCUCCUGAUAAGGAUGCUAUUCUCAAAGCAACUGCAAAUCUGCCCUCUCGCAAUGUCGAUCGCACUGUGGCCCAUCACAACAUGAGGGAUUUUCCUUUCUUGCAGUUCCAGACAGAGCUCCGGAAGAUCUUAGUGUCUCUUAUAGAAGUUGCACAGAAAUUACUAGCACUGAACCCAGAUGCAGUUGAACUCUUUAAGAAGGCAAAUGCCAUGCUGGAUGAGGAUGAGGAAGACAGAGUGGAUGAGAUAGCUCUGCGACAGCUCACAGAAAUGGGGUUUCCAGAAAGCAGAGCUGUCAAAGCCCUUCGAUUAAAUCAUAUGUCGGUGACCCAGGCCAUGGAGUGGUUGAUAGAACACGCCGAUGACCCUACAGUGGAUGCUCCACUUCCAGGUCAGACUCCAGCAGAAACCAUCACUGAAGCUGGUGCAUCCUCUGCUGAGGCCAUUGCAGGUCCCAGUUCGGAAGCUGGUGGGGAAGAGGCCAAGGAUGAGCUGACAGAAAUAUUCAAGAAAAUCAGGAGGAAAAGAGAGUUUCGUCCAGACCCACGGGCUGUCAUUGCCCUGAUGGAGAUGGGAUUUGAUGAAAAAGAAGUGGUAGAUGCGCUCAGAGUCAACAACAACCAGCAAAACGCGGCUUGUGAAUGGCUGCUGGGAGACAGAAAGCCUUCUCCAGAGGACUUAGACAAGGGAAUUGACACCAAUAGCCCUCUCUUCCAAGCCAUCUUAGAAAACCCAGUGGUACAGUUAGGGCUAACCAACCCUAAAACUCUACUAGCCUUCGAGGAUAUGCUUGAAAACCCCUUGAACAGCACUCAGUGGAUGAACGAUCCAGAAACGGGGCCUGUCAUGCUCCAGAUCUCCCGAAUCUUCCAGACGCUGAAUCGCACGUAGAGGGGGGAAAUGCCAGUUCCACUGUGCCACUUCCUACUGUCCCUCACUUCACCUUCUCCUCACUGGGGAAGGGUGCUUGGAUUGUCUGGGGAGGGGGGCGGAUGGAAGGGGGG